CGUGUGUGAGUGUGACUCGUCAAAUGCGGAAGUAAAGCGGAUGUCAUUGCAAAUUUUUAUGGCUGUUUUGUUUUGAAUGAAUUUUUACAUAUUUUUUUCAUCCAGCACAGCACCAUGCAAACAAUGAAAGGGUUUAUUGAUCCGGAGAAGAAAUAAGCCACCGUCAGCUUUUCAUCGGCCCGGAAAUAGAGUCAAAAAAGCAAUAAGAUAUGAGCUUGCACAAGACUAGCAGGUAGCGUUAGGUCACCUGCUAUUGAUUUUGUGAUGAAAAUCCAACAUUUUCUGGGGACGUGCUUAUAUUUAUGUUAUGUAGCUUCAUCGUAGUGAUAACCUUGAUACACUUGGACAACAUGGCGUUGCUUUUUGGAGCCAGGGCUUUCCUCAACUUAAAAAACCCAAUUCAAAAGUCCUGUUUAUUAAAUAAAAUCUAUCAAAACUGGAGGACAUGUCUUGUUAAAAGGAGGCCUAUUUUAAUUCACUUACCCAAGGUUUCUCUGAUAUGCUGUGGUGCAGUCAGUGUGUCAUCUUACGCAGCAAGAUGCCAGGAAGCAACACUUAUAAAACCAAACAUCACUGAGAGAAGGUCAGUUGCCAAGGUACAGGUGCAUAAACUAAUAUUUUUCCUUCGCCUUAGCUUCAGAGCAUUGGUUCUUCUUCUCAAAUUUGGCCCACUUUUACUCCUCUCCCCUCUGAUGCUUGUCUCCUCUCGCUGGAGCUCCAAAUGGCUGGAUAUGUUGCUAUGGAUGACUGAAACUUCUGGUCCAACUUUCAUCAAACUUGGACAAUGGGCCAGCACCAGAAGGGAUAUUUUUCCAAAAGAAUUCUGUGAUCGGUUCUCCAGAUUGCACGUCAAAGUUAGACCUCACUCGUGGGCCCACACCAAGCAAUGCCUUCGUCGUGCUUUCGGGGAAGAAUGGAAGAGGGUUUUUGUUUUUCAGAGCAAGGAGCCAGUUGGUUCUGGUUGUGUUGCACAGGUCUACAGAGGAUGGGCGAGGGCAGAUAGAGUAGAGGACCCAGACUUUCAGACACUGGUGGAGGAGAGAGACAAAGAGGAUCUGCUGGAGGCCUGGGAGAUUCCGGGUUUGAGGGGCGUGACUGGCUUACUGAAGAGGAUUUGGUCAGGCAGAGCAGAAGAGGAAAAGGGGGAGAUGGUGUGGUGGAGAGAGGACACGCACACCGAGAAGGAGAACCUAAUACCUGUAGCUAUAAAGGUUGUACACCCAGGAGUCAGGAGACAAGUAGAAAUCGACCUGCUGCUGAUGAAAACUGGCAGCUGGAUUCUGGACCAUCUGCCUGGACUCAAGUGGCUCAGUCUGUACGAAAUAGUGGAGGAAUUUGAGAAGCUCAUGACCAAACAGAUUGAUCUCAGAUUUGAAGCUAAAAACAUGGAGCAUUUCAGGCAGAAUUUCCGUGACGUGGAAUACGUCAAGUUUCCCACACCACUCCGACCAUUUGUGACCAGGACCAUCUUAGUAGAAACUUUUGAAGAAAGUGAGCCUAUAUCAAUCUAUUUGAGGUCAGAUAUUCCAGUAGAGGUAAAGCAGAAAAUAGCAAGGAUGGGUGUGGAUACACUGCUAAAGAUGGUGUUUGUGGACAACUUUGUCCAUGGCGACCUUCAUCCUGGGAACAUCCUGGUCCAGUCUCGAGCACCCUCCCCUGGGUCCAGUGAAAUUUCAGGGGAGGCCCAGGGUAAAACCACCCUGACAGAUCUGUGGGACACUGUGGUGGUCAGUGUCAGACCAAACCCCAGUCCUUUUCAGCUGGUCCUCCUGGACGCUGGCAUCGUGUCCCAGCUCAGUGAACACGACCGUGCCAACUUCAAGGCUGUCUUUACCGCUGUGGUAAUGCGUCAGGGUGAGAAGGUAGCAGAUUUGAUCCUACAUCAUGCCCGGGCCAAUGAAUGUCAGGACAUCCCAUUGUUUAAAAAGGAGAUGGCCCAGCUUGUCGAUCAUGCCCUCAGCAAUACACUCGCUUUAGGAAAGAUUCAAGUUGCUGACCUGCUCUCCAGAGUCUUUGGUCUGCUAAUCAAACACAAGGUAAAGUUGGAGAGUAAUUUUGCCUCCAUUGUGUUUGCCAUCAUGGUACUGGAAGGACUGGGCAGGUCUCUGGAUCCAAACCUGGACAUCCUGGAACUGGCUAAACCAAUGCUCAUCAAAAACUAUUCAUCACUUCUCUGAGCCAUAAAUACUUGACAUAAUCAACGGUUAGGAUUAGAUCAGAUAGAACUCUACAAUGUACUUACCUUAAAUACCUCAUUUCAGCCAUUUCAACAUGUUAUGAUUUUCACGCUUGUCCAUAAAGUGUUCCUUGCAAAUAAAUAAGUACAUUUUUACUGUAA